AUGUCCUCCUCCAUCACCGCCAUGGGCAAACGCCUCGAAGGCAAGACGAUCCUGAUCACGGGCGCCUCGUCCGGCAUCGGGCGCAGCAUCGCACAGGAAUUCGCGCGCACCAGCCCGACCAGCCUCAAACUGAUCAUCACGGCGCGGCGCAUCGACACGCUGAAAGAGGUGGCCUCGGCGAUCGAAAAGGAAGUCGGAUCCGGCGUCAAGGUCUUGCCUGUCAAGCUCGACGUCUCCCAGCCGCAGGAAGUGGCCAACCUGAUCCCCAGUCUGCCUGAAGAGUUUCGGGACAUCGACAUCCUGGUCAACAACGCGGGCUUGGUCAAGGGCGUGGACCAGGCCCCGGAUAUCAAGGCUGAAGACAUGAAUGUCAUGUGGGCGACCAAUGUGACGGGGCUGAUCAACAUGACGCAGGCGGUGUUGCCGAUCUUCAAGAAGAAACUGAACGGCGCGGACGGCGGGCGCGGCGAUAUCAUCAAUAUCGGCUCCAUCGCGGGCAGGGAGGGCUAUCCUGGCGGCAGUAUCUACUGUGCCACCAAGGCGGCUGUGCGCACGUUCACUGAUGCCUUGAGGAAGGAGUUGAUUGCGACGAGGAUCAGGGUUAUUGAGGUCGAUCCGGGCCAGGUUGAGACGGAAUUCUCAGUUGUCCGCUUCUACGGCGACAAAUCCAAAGCCGACGCUGUCUACAAAGGCGUCGAACCACUCACCCCGGACGAUAUCGCCGAGGUGGUCGUCUUCGCUGCCGGCCGGAGAGAAAAUGUCGUGAUUGCAGAUACGUUGAUCUUUCCGAAUCAUCAGGUCAGUUUCGAUCCCUAG